GAAUGUCAAGUGAAUUUUCAAUAAAAACAAAAGGUGAAGUUUACAGGGUACCUAUUCAUUUAUUAUGUUCUCGCUACAGUGAGUGGAAUAGACGUGUCGGUUUAAGUGCAUUUUAAAGUAUUAUUAGCAUUUCUUGCAUCAUCUACUUUAAAAGACUAAACAGAUUUAUAGAAGAUGGAAGUGGACGAGUAUACAGAGGCUGGAGACCAGCUAAAGGCAAGGCCUUACCAAGCCCAACUUGAAGAAAUUGCCGAUAAACAUAAUACUAUCAUUUACUUACCAACAGGUUCUGGUAAAACAUAUAUUGCAGUUUGUCUCAUUAAAAGAUUUCGUCAAGCAUUGUUAAAACCGUGGGGACGAGGAGGGAAGCGGACUUUCUUUUUGGUCAACAACGUACCAUUAGUAAACCAACAGAAAAAAGUAAUCGAACAACGCUGUGCUGUCACUGUUGGUGGUUACAGCGGUGAAGACGGGGUAGAUUACUGGGACAAAGCCAAAUGGGACACUGAGCUAGAAACGAAUCAGGUAAUUGUAAUGACCAGUCAGAUUCUAUGCGACAUGCUGACCCAUCAAUACAUUAGGAUUGAAGACAUAAACUUCUUAAUAUUCGACGAAUGUCACCACGCAGUCGUCGAUCACCCUAUGCGGCUCGUUAUGAAACAUUUCGAGAACUGCCCGGUAGACGACCAACCUCGAGUCCUAGGUUUGACAGCAACUCUUUUGAAUGCAAAUGUUAAGACAUCAAGAGUAGAAGAUACUCUCCGCGAGUUGGAGAUAACAUUCCAUGCAAAGAUUGCCACAGUCGAUGAGCUCGGACAAGUCUUAGAUUACUCUACGAAUCCAAAUGAAAUGGUGCAGUUCUACCGCAGCCUAACACCGUCACCGGUAUCCAAUGAUGUUAUUACCCAACUGACGAAGCUACAGCUGCUAAUCCACGAAAUUAAGUUGCCUAACCCUUCCCCUACACACACUAGACAACUUAAAGAGUGGCAGAAAGAAAUGACUACUUCUCCCACGAAGAUUGUGAAAGCAGUAAGUAAUAUGGUAGCGGCCAUGAUAAUGUUUAUAGAGGAACUAGGUCUAUAUGGCGGUUCCUUGGGCAUAUUGUCGUACAUAGUGUUAUUAGAACGCUUAAAACGAAAAGCUGUGACUAAGGAAGAGGAACUUCUUUAUAAAGUGACUAUUACGCAUUGUAUAAAAGCACGGGCCACAUUAUUAUCAGCAAUGGAAUCGGAUACGGGAUACGAUAAAAUAAUAAAAUAUUCGUCUGAAAAAGUGUUACUGAUGUUGAAUAUAUUGAAAGAAUAUAAUCCAGCUAUAAUGGAUACUCCCGGAGUCCUACUAAAAGUGAAUAAACACAGGAAGCCUCUAUCAGCCAUAAUAUUUACGAAGCAAAGGUUUACCGCGAAGGUUUUAUUCAAUCUUUUGAAAGAUGUGAAAGAUACGAAUCCUAAGGAGUUUGGUUUUCUAAAACACGAUUUCGUUGUUGGUUUUAACGUGAACCCAUUGAAGAACACGAGGGAAGAGUACUAUGUCAAGAAGUGUAGCCAUAAAGCGUUAUUGAAGUUUAAGAACAAUGACUUGAACUGUUUGAUAUCGACGAGCGUUAUAGAAGAAGGAAUAGACAUACCACAGUGUCUGCUAGUAGUUCGCUACGAUCCACCCUUAGAGUACCGGUCAUACAUACAGAGCAAAGGCCGUGCGAGAAGUAGCGAGUCAAGCUUCGUUAUAUUAGUAAACGAAGAAAAUAAAAAGAAGUUCAUGAAAAGCUACGAAGACUUCCAGUAUACAGAGAGACUGAUACAAAGGAUACUUGUUGGGAACAGUGACUAUCGUAGCGAGCCGACUACAGCGGAGAUCGCUCGCGAACUGUACAAAGACGAAGACGUGCCGCCAUUUGUUACACCGUAUGGAGCUCGUUUGUCUUCAGUGUCAGCUAUAAGUUUACUGAAUAGAUACUGCUCAGUACUCCCACACGAUCAGUUCACGGUUAUCACACCAAUGUGGAUUCAAGAAGACGUCCUAGAUAAUCACGGCUCACGAAAACUUGUCACAAUCGUAAUGCCAAUCGCUUGUCCUAUUAAAGAAGAAAUAAAGGGAUUACCUAGGUUCAGUUUGAAGGCCGCAAAGAGAUCAGCAGCUCUAAAUGCUUGCAAGUUAUUGUAUGAAGCAGGAGAACUUGAUGCACUCACACUACUGCCCAACCGAUACACUGAAGUUGAUUUCGACGACGAACAAGUGAAAACAUGCUUCCUAAAUUGGCGCGACGAAGAUGUGGGUCGUGACGACCCUGAAAUACCUUACCCAGGGACAAAGAAACGGGUUAGGAAACAUAGAAUACAGUUCCCAAUACUUCUAAACAGUGUGCCAGACGAAAACGUUUACUAUCUACACAUAAUAAGGUCGAAAACUGCGUUCGCGGAGCCCAAGGAUACUCGAGAGAAUGCUUUGUAUAAGCUCCUGCAGCGCGGUGAAGGGUAUGGUUUCUUAACCCAAAACCCUUUGCCCACACUCUGCGAGUUUCCAAUGUUCAUGUCAGUCGGAGAGGUCGCCACUUCUAUUGAAGUUAACUACGCUGUCAUCAAACUCAACGCUGCUAUGUUCCAGUUGGUCAAAAAAUUCCAUUACUUCCUAUUCGAGCAAGUACUAGCAAUAGCUAAAAAAUUCGUUGCGUUUGAAGGUGCAGUCAAUUGUAUGUACGUUGUGCCCGUCAAAGAAGACAAUGGUUACGAUAUAGAUUGGAGUGUAAUGACCACACAUGAAGAAAUUGCACCAGUUCAACCAACUUCUUAUGAGGAAAGACUGUUUAUAAAUGUCACACCAGAGAAUUACAAGGACUGUGUCGUGACGCCGUGGUAUAGAGUUCUACCGGACAGGUACAUCGUAUCUCGUGUCCUCGAACAUAUGACGCCGCAGUCUCAAUUCGACUCGGACUCUUACUUAACGUUUGCCGACUACUAUGCUGACAAAUACAAAUUGGAAGUUAUCGGUGAAAAAUCACAACCUUUACUGGAAGUAAAAAACAUAAGUUCAAGAAUGAACUGUUUGCUGCCUAGAGCGGCCACAAUAAAUGCUUUGACGGACAAACAGAAGAAGCUUGUGUCUGCUUCUCAAGGCGACGAUAAAACAAACAGGGGCUUCGCAGAAGUAUUUGUCGCUGAAUUCUGUGUGAAAUACGAAUAUCCAGGAGUACUGUGGUACAAGGCUAUCAUGUUACCCAGCAUUAUACACAGGGUGUUCAUGUUAUUGGUAUCACACGAACUGCUCUCGGAAAUUGCCGAUGACACGGGAUACGGCACUCCAGUACGCAAAAAUACUGAAGAUUGGCUUCCGAUAAAAACUCACAUUCAAGUUGCUACCAAUUCCCUGCUAGCCCAAGUUGAAGAACCACCUCAGGUCGCUUCAGUUGACAGGAUAAACAAUCCUAUAGAUGAUGAAAGCGGAAGACGUCCAAAGAUACUUUCUAUGAAGGAAAGCUUAUAUCAUUUGCAGCAGAAGAGACUUAACAAGGAGUUUCCUUGGGACGACAAAUCGGAGCCGAUAGACAUAGACCGUAAUCUAUCGACUGUGACCUUGUUGGAUGUGGAGUGUUACGACGAGUUUGUUUCGACUCCAUUAGUAACUACCUUGGAAUAUGACGUGCGACCCCCAACUCAAACUGUGUUCCCCUCCGCUAUAUCUGCUCCACCAGCUGAAUACAACGAUCGGAUUGAGAUCCUCAAAAGGACGACCACAGGCACUAGUCCUGAGUUACGAGACAUAUUAGCAGCACUAACAACUAUCAAAUCACAUGACACGUUCAAUUUAGAACGAGUGGAAACUUUGGGAGACUCCUUCCUGAAAUUUGCAGCCAGUCUCUACCUAUACCACAAGUUCCCGACCCUCAAUGAAGGACAGUUAACAAAUAUAAAAGGCCGAUUGAUUAGUAACAGAAACCUUUACUAUGCUGGAGAAAGGUUCAAUCUGGCUGGUAGGAUGAAGAUAGAACAAUUUAGUCCGAGGAAAGAUUUUAUGGUGCCUGGCUUCUUCGCGCCGCAAGAAGUUGAAAAAUUCAUAAACGAAAAGCAGAUCCGUCCAAUAUUCCUGAUUGGUGUGCAGUUCCCAAGAGAUGAACUCCUUGACGGUGCAUUGUCUGAAGAUAGUAUGAGCAUGGUGAGGGACAAAUUUGCAAACGACAGUACUGCGGAGAUUGAACCACCAGAGAAGGUUCAAAAUGCUAUGCAACUGUACGUGCAUUCUCAAGCUGUUGCAGAUAAGUCUGUUGCCGAUUGCGUGGAAGCGCUCAUCGGUACCUAUCUUUUAAGCGGCGGUGUAUUAGGUGCUGUCAAAGUGAUCGAGUGGAUGAGAAUCAUACCUCCACAGGACGAAUUUGCGGAAUAUUUACACAGGCGUGUGUCUACUGCCAUCACAGACAAAAUGACCACUCCAGAAGAUAUAAACUUCUUACUGAACUAUUCUAGAAAUGAUGUGGAAACUAUUUUGAACUAUAAGUUCAAUGACCCCUCGUUCUUAUUGGAGGCAUUGUCUCACGCUUCAUAUAUUCGCAACAGAGUGACGCGUUCCUACGAACGCCUAGAGUUUCUUGGCGAUGCGAUAUUGGACUUCCUAAUAACAUCACACAUAUUCGAAAACUGCCGGGAAUUGAAGCCUGGUGAGAUGACGGACUUAAGAUCAGCACUCGUCAAUAAUGUUACCUUCGCAUCUUAUGUCGUCAAACUUGGGUUACACAAAUUUCUAUGUUCCGAAUUGAAUCCGACGUUAGACAACGCUAUUAUAAUGUUUGUGGACCACCAAGUGCAGAGGAACCACGAGAUUGUUGAAGAUGUCCUUUAUUUGCUUGACGAGGAAGAAUGCAUCAUCGCCGAAUAUGUCGAAGUCCCUAAGGUCCUCAGCGAUAUAUUAGAGGCACUAAUCGGUGCAAUUUACCUGGACACCGGCGGUGACCUCUCAAAAGUGUGGUCUGUUAUAUACGGCAUCAUGCAUAAGGAAAUACAUUUGUUCUCCAGCCGCAUCCCACAGCAGCCUGUCAAAGUGUUAUAUGAGAAAAUUCACGCUUGUCCUGUCUUUGGGAAAGCACAAGUAAUCGAUCGUGAGGUGCAAAAGAUAAAAGUGGGUGUUACAAUCACUAAGAAUGAUGCCCAGCACACUGUUUAUGGCAUCGGUCGCAACAAAUCUCAAGCCAAGCGAGCUGCGGCCAAAAUGGCGCUAAAGGUCUUAAGCAGUUUUUAAAAUCUCCCGCCUUUUUCUGAGGCAGAGAUAUUUGCAUCUACUUUUAGCUAGAUACAGACCAUAAUUUCUACUCGUUUAUGUUAUUAUUUUUUAUCAUUUUUAUCUCAAGCGAAAUUCGCGUAUACCAAAUGAAAUUUUAAGAAAGUUUAUUUCCUCGGAUAUAUUUAUUUAUUUAUUUAUUUACUAGCUAUUAUUGCGCGGUCUCAACCGCUGCUUGGCUCUUAUUUAUCUGAAAGUGAUGUUUUAUAGCCUUUCUCGAUAAGUGGAUUACCGGAGAUCACAAAAAUGAUAGUUAAAUUGGAAAGUAAAGAUUAUUUUUUGUAAUUUUUUACAAUUAACUACAUACAUAUAUGUAUGUUAAUGUAGGUACAUAUUAUUAAUUAUUAUUGUACGAAGCAGACUUAAUUCUAGAAGUAAUGUUUUUUUAUCUCAAAAUAGUUAUUUACUUUGUAAUUGUUAUAACUAUUAUACUAUUUUAGAAAUACAAUAUGCUUUUUAGUCACCUAUGUAGAAGCAAUAUUUUUAUUUCGUUUAUUGUUAUUAGACUUGGAUAUUCCGCCUUUACGGUUUGUAUGAAGGCUGAAAAAAGAACCUAUUAUUAUAAUAUUUUUGUAUCAAAUUAAAUUGCAUUGUACCAGACGAUAAAUAUUGAAUAGAAACAUUGUAUAAUAAUAAUAUGAUCAUUUAUUUAUACAAAAGUUAUUCUUUUUAUUUUUUUUUAAGGAAAGUGCUCGACUAGCUUGUCUAAAUUGACUUGACUUGGUCGACAGUAUCUUUCCAAAGGUAGAUGUGCAAUAUUUAUCGCCAAGUAGGUACUGUACUUAGGCCUUAGUACGAGUUUGUUUUACGUAUAACAAGAUCGAAACAAUAAGCGUUCGCUGAUUAAUUGGUUGGUUCAUUGGAGUCGACCAAUCAGAGCACCGAACACGGUCUCGUUUGGAUUUCGUUAAACGCAAAACAAACUCGUACUAAGCCAUUUGUGGUUUGUUCUUACAUUGCUUGUUUAGCAAUGCUUUAGAGACAGAUUUUAAUAGACAGAAUUUAAUAGUCACCGUUGUAUUAAUAUAAGGUUUAAUUGGGAAAUAGAAAUCACAGAAAAGCUUUUAUUGCUUGUUUACAAUUUAAAUAAAUUUAGAUAUUGUUAUCGCUAGAAUAAGCCAAUUUAAUUUCUGGCUUGUUUCACAAUUUCCAACGAAAUUCAUUUAACUAACUAGUCUAAUGAAGGUUUUGACCUAUUUUUCAAUGUGAAAUGUGUUAAAAUGAGCUAACAGCAAGUCAACGAGACUGUGAAACAGGCCCAAAGUUUAAUUGGAACCAAGUAGGUAGUUAAUAUAAAUGUAACAAUUUGCAUGAUAAGAUUUUGCAUGGAAGGUGACCAGAAAAUGUGUGAUACGUUUGAACGUACAGGGAAUGUUAUAAUAUUAGAAUUUUUUACUAAAAGGAACCACUCAAAUGUUCCUUGAAAAGUACGCGAAUGAGAACAAUGAAAUGGAUUUUUAUUUUAACACAUAUUGGCUGUCGCCCGCGGAGAAUAAUGACUAGGAUUUUAUUAUUCUCUCUGAUAGAAUUUAGGAUUUUAUUAUUUUUUCUACUUUAUUUUAUUACUCAUUAGUACAUCAGCUACCCGUCAAAAUCACUCCAGCCAUUUCAGAGAUUCACCAGAACAAACGGACAGACAGACAGACAGACAAAAAUCGUAAAAAAUAUUUUGGUGUAUGGUAUCCGUAUGUAUGUUUAUGCAUGUAGUAAAAAGCGGUUAUUUAAAUAUUAAAAACAGUCCAAUUUUAUUAAUUAGUCUAGAUGUGUUUAUGUUUUUGUUUGUACAUUUGUAGAUAUCCUAUAUUUGAUAGGAAGUUAAUGUAUCUGGUAAACUUUGUAAAAUCCAACACUAAUAACAUACCCACCUCCUUCUUAAUUAGAUUUAGCAGUAUGUGCUUCUGAUUUCCAAUGCUAUGAAAAUUGAGUGAAAUAUACAUGAAUCGCAUAAUAAAAACAUAAAAAAAUUAAAUCGCCUAAAUGUUUCUAGUGCCUCUGUAUUUUUUAUUGUAUUUGAUAUUAAUUUACCUAAUUGUAUUUGCAUGUAAAUCAUCUCUGUAAUUCUUUUAUUUUGCUACUGGAAAAUUCCACAGACUAUUUCAUUUUUAAGUAAUUGUGAUGUGGUAAAAUUAAAAUGAAAAAUCUGAUAAAAUAUAAAUGUAUUGAAGUGUUAAAAAAACGUUUUUGAUUGUGGAAACAAACCAAUACUUACAGAUUUCAUUCGCGAUGCUGACGCGCAUAAAUCCCUGACUAAUAAUAAUUCACAUAGUUCUGUUUGCCUAUAGGGAGCAAUAGUUUUUAAAUAAAAUUAUGACAUUACUUUUUAUCUACAUUUUUGCGUAAGAAUUUAAUAGACGUGUAUGUUCAGAAUAUAAUAAUCAUACUUGUUAUUGUCAAUAAAAAAUAAGAAACUCA